AUGUGGAUCCAUUUUGAAGGUACACCAAAACGUGAGAAGUUAAUACUUGGAAAAGAUGAUCUUGAAUAUAUUGGUUUUUUGGAUUAUAAUGAUGGAAGUUAUUCGGACUUAGAUGAUCUUAAACAUAUUCUUCGUAAACAUUAUCCUGAAAUUCUCAAAAAUAUUGGAAAUCGUCAUAUUGAAAUUUUUGAUAAAGAUUAUGAAGAUAUUGAUCCGGAAACUGACCUUAGUACUCUUAAUAUUAUAAAUUAUUCAGAAACAUUAAUGAUUAUUAGGUAUCCACUCUCAGAUACAUAUAUUAUGGUUACUUUCACGUACGAUUCACAUAAUAAUAAUGAAAGUUAUGGAAUACCACACACUACUGGUUCUUUUUAUUUGUUGAUAAAAGCCGCUAAAAAAAUAUUCAAUGAAUUUUUAAAAGAGGAAACAGAAAUCUAUUUUAUACAUGAUAAAAUGGAGAUCAAGGACGCUUAUGGUUUAAAUGUCUUAGUAUCUAAAACUAAGAAUAAUAAUAAAGAAUGUGUACUUAAUCUAAAAAUUAUAGAAAAAAAUAAAAAAUCUCCUAAUACUUUGGAUCUCAAGAGUGUAUUUGAAGAGGUAUUAUUAAGUAAGAAUUGUCAAACUCUUGAAGAUUUACCAAUUCUUAACUUGAAAGAACUUCCCGAAUUAGAUCAACCAUUUCCUGAAGAAGUUUUAGAAAAUUUUCUCAAAGAUCUUAAUGAACAUCUUGAUGUAUUCACUAAAGUAAUCGUUACAAAUGAGUCAAUGAGUCAUGCGUACAUUAAUUUCUUCAUGAUAACUGCAGUUCGUCAUGUGAGAUCAUAUAUGGGAAAUCGAUUACAAUUAAACCCGGAAAAAGAACAAAAUAGUAAUGGAUUAGUAGAAUAUGCGAUGAAACUUAUGUUAUGUGAAGCAAAAGCGGACAAUAUGGAUCAAGGAGCAGCUCAGAUUAUUGUGCAAUUGCAUAAUGCAGUAGAACAACGAUCAAACAAACGCAAGCAUGGGCAAGAGGAACAAAUAAUGUUUGGAAUAGUUACAACCGGAAUGAGAUGGCGAUUUUUCCGUUGGUCUGGAUUAUCAAAAGUUCAUGUUUCUGAGGAAUAUAUUUGUAAUUUUGAGGGUAAUAUGAAAUAUGAAAAAGAAUUAUUAGAGUAUAUUGCUCGGAUGUUACAAUUCCAAGCCAAAAGUAAUGAACCCUCAAAACGUCAAAAUAUAAAUGAUAAAUGA